AUGGACCUCAAGGUGGACAGGGAAGACGCGGACGCUGAUCACCCUCCAACGAUUGAAGUUUUCGCCCACAGGUCCACCUUGCACGGCAUCGCGCACAUUUUCACUUAUGGGCGCUUUUGCUUCAGACGAUGCCUUUGGCUGGUCGUCUUUUUCGCCUCUUUAGCCGUAUUGCUGUUCGUGUGCGUGGACCGGAUCCAUUUCUACCUGGAGUAUCCUCACGUCACAAAACUGGACGAGGUCGCCACCCCGAUCAUGACGUUCCCCGCGGUCACUUUUUGCAACCUGAACGCCUUCCGUUUUAGUCGAGUGACACGCAACGACUUGUAUCACGCAGGGGAGCUGCUGGCGCUGCUUAACCACAGGUAUGAGAUUCGAGACAUUCACCUUGUGGAGGAGAGCGUUUUGGAGAGCCUGAAGGUCAAAGCUGACUUCCACAACUUCAAGCCACGACCUUUCAACAUGCUGGAAUUCUACGACCGCACUGGGCACGACAUCCAUGACAUGCUCUUGUCUUGUCACUUCCACGGCACCGAGUGCAGAGCAGAAGAUUUCAAAGUGGUCUUUACUCGCUAUGGCAAAUGUUAUACCUUUAACGCUGGGGGUAAUAAUCGUCCUCCUCUCAUAACCACCAAAGGGGGGAUGGGGAAUGGACUAGAGCUCAUGUUGGACAUCCAACAGGACGAGUACCUGCCCGUGUGGGGAGAAACAGAUGAGACGUCAUUUGAAGCUGGGGUCAAAGUGCAGAUCCACAGUCAAGAUGAACCAUCCUUCAUCGAUCAGCUUGGUUUUGGAGUGGCUCCUGGAUUCCAAACUUUUGUCUCCUGUCAGGAACAGAGGCUGAUAUAUCUACCACCACCCUGGGGUGACUGCAAGGUGACACCCAUGGACUCUGAAUUCUUUGAUACUUACAGCAUCACAGCCUGUCGUAUUGACUGCGAAACACGCUACCUAGUGGACAACUGCAACUGCCGCAUGGUGCACAUGCCAGGCGAUGCACCCUACUGCACCCCAGAGCUGUACAAAGAAUGUGCUGAUCCUGCUCUUGAUUUCCUGGUGCAGAGAGAUAAUGAUUUCUGUGUUUGUGAAACACCAUGCAACAUAACCAGAUACAGCAAAGAACUGUCCUUUGUAAAAAUUCCCAGCAAAGCCUCUGCUAAAUAUCUUGCAAAGAAAUACAACAAAUCUGAGCAGUACAUUAAGGACAAUCUCCUGGUUUUGGACAUCUUUUUUGAGGCUCUCAACUAUGAAACUAUUGAGCAAAAGAAAGCUUAUGAAGUGGCUGGACUAUUGGGUGAUAUUGGUGGUCAAAUGGGACUUUUCAUUGGUGCUAGCAUACUUACCAUUCUGGAGAUUUUUGACUAUCUUUAUGAGGUGAUAAAGUACAAGCUGUGCCGCUGCUCUGAUAAAAAGCACAAACACAACAACAGCGAUCAGGGUACUGUGUUAAGCCUUGACGAUGUCAAAUGUCACGUCAGUAACUUCCAUUAG